UGCGCAUGCGUAUCAACUCGUGUAUAUGGAAGAUUAUUUCUGUUUGAUAAAACUUUACCGACUCGACAAAGACAUUCCAAACCGCAAACUGUAGUAACGUCGUCGCCAUUUUGUAGUGGUGUUUGAGACGUGAAGAUGCUGUUUGUUUCGGUGUUUUUUGGGAACUGAGAAUUUAAGGGUCACAUUCGGCUUGUACCUGAAAAAAUGACGCAGUUUCUGCCACCGAACUUGUUAGCUCUUUUUGCUCCGCGAGAUCCCAUACCGUAUUUACCACCCGUUAGCAAGCUCCCGCAUGAGAAGAAGAAUGGAGGCUAUAUUGGCGUUGGAGGUUUUCUUAAAUACUUUGAGGAUCCUAAAGAUACACCACCACCGGUACGCGUAGAGACCAGAGAAGAACGCUUAGAACGUAGAAGAAGGGAACGUGCAGAACAAGUUGCAUAUAAGUUAGAACAAGAAAUCGCGGUAUGGGAUCCUGCUGGCAUUCCAAAUGUAACGGCAGACCCCUUUAAGACUCUUUUUGUAGCUAGAAUAAACUAUGAUACGUCAGAGUCCAAACUUAGGAGAGAAUUCGAAGUCUAUGGGCCAGUAAAAAAGAUAGUGGUAAUUCACAAUACUAUAAAUGGCAAGCCUAGGGGAUAUGCUUUCAUUGAGUAUGAGCACGAAAGAGAUAUGCACUCUGCUUAUAAGCAUGCGGAUGGUAAGAAAAUAGAUGGUCGCAGAGUGUUGGUCGACGUGGAACGUGCUAGGACGGUGAAAGGAUGGCUUCCGCGAAGGCUCGGUGGUGGACUCGGUGGAACCCGAAGGGGUGGGCCUGAUGUGAACAUUAAACACUCUGGUCGAGAGGAUAAUGAAAGAGAACGAGAACGGUAUCGCUUAGAACGGGAGAGGGAGAAUUCUGGACGCCUUGACAGAGACAGAGAUCGCGAUCGUUUGGACAGAGAGCGUAGAAGGUCGUCGCGCGAUCGUAAGAGAAGGACUAGAAGCAGGUCACGCGAUCGAAAGCGCAGACGUAGUCGCGAUCGUUUACCUGAUCCGGACAUCGAAGAGAUUCAGAGGGAUGAACGGCCACGCGAUAGAAGGGAUCGUGAUCGCGAUCGCGAUAGAGACCGGGAUCGUAAGAGGAGACGUUCCAGGAGUAACGAUCGCGAUCGUGACAGAGAUCGCAAGAGGGACAAACGCGACCGUGACCGUGAACGUAGAGAUAGAAAAGAUAGGGGCGAUCGUCAAGAGGAAGAUACGAAAGAGAUUCGAAUCAAGGAAGAGCCUUUGGAUGAUUACCCUGACUAUAGUAACACCUUCUCGACGUCUGGAUCCUACUUUACCGCUGUAAAAUACGAGGAAGAUAAUGAUCAAGAAGUGGAAGAGAAAUAUAGAAUUCCAGAAGGUCGUCCAGAUCCCCCUCCCUACAAUAAUUAUGAUUCCGUGCAAGAUUAUUGAUCUCGAUGAUAUUUCUUAAUAACGUUCUUUUUCGUUACCACGCACGACGAAUUAACGCAAUUCUAAAUGACGUAUUGUAUUUCCUAUUGUUAUUAGUGUAAUAUCGACUCGGCCAUAUCGAGUAUCCGAUUUCUGUACACCAUCUACAGCGACCAGAUACUCGGUAAGGAUAUUGCAAGGUAAGCAGGUCUGGACUACUGAUUUAUACGCAGUUAAUUUCUAUACGGCUGAUCGUAACGUUUCAUAUUAUGAUUGGCACGAAGGUGAUUUCCGGUAAAAUGAAUUUAGACGCUUCACAAUAUUUAACAGAAGUACAUUCAUGAAUUGCAGUUGUUGUGUAGCAGUCUAUGCGAAGCCUCGCAAUAUGGAACUAAAAGGUCCAUAAGUAUACAAACUUGAUUACCGCUAUUAUUUCAACUCGUCUUGUACGUGUAAAUAAGUAUAUGCGACAUCAUUACCACGCAAAUUUCAUUCUUUCAUGACUGCUGCAUGUAUAUUUAUAUAUACGAAUAAAGUAAACUACGCACUUAAUUUUUUAGUUACCUUAGUGGGUUCUUCGUCUUCGUAAAGUAUCGAUUUGAAAAAAAUCGUGUUCACUUUUAAUGGUUGUACUCUCAGGUGUAGUUUUUAUCCAACUAUAAUUGCAAUAAACGCGUUGAUUUGCUUUAGUUAUCCAGAAAUGUAGAAUGUAAUUCAAGUUCAUAAAGGUUUAUGAAAGGUUAA